AUGUCUUCACACGCCUCACUCAGCGCAGCUGCCGACGAGCGCAAAGCCCGUCUAGCCAAACUCAAGUCUCUUAAACGAAAACAGCCAGAACCCGAUGAAAACAACUUCGAGUCGGACCCGACAACAUCAACAGCAACCGAACAUCAGCAAUCGUCAUCCGCGACAACAACAGGGCGCCAAGCAAGUCCACCGGAAAAGGAUGUCGCCCGGCUGCACUUGUCGGGCCGCAACUAUGACCCGGAGACCAGAGGGCCCAAGCUAGGAUUCGAGAAUGCACCCACAGAGACCAUGGACCAACCAACCUUGGAGGAGCAGGCGGCCGAAGUUGAGGCCGAGGUUCGGCAGCAAGCUAAAGAAGACGAAGCCAACGAUAAGGGCAUCGAUCUCUUCAAACUACAACCGAAAAAACCUAAUUGGGACUUGAAGAGAGAACUGGACAAAAAAAUGGAGGUACUCAAUGUGCGCACAGACAAUGCGAUUGCGAGGCUGGUCAGGGAGAGAUUGUCUGCUAAGAAGGCACCUGCAGUUGGCGCCGCCGUCGGGUCAGCCUCAGGCGAUGCGCCUGGUGAGAUUGACGGUGCGGCAUUGGUGGAGGGUUUGCGGUUGCGAGAACAGGAGGAGGAAAUCGAGAUCGAUCCCUCAAGUCAUUGUCCUUUCGAUGGCCAUGCGAUUUAUGUGGCUGUGGUUCCCGCAGCGGUCUUUCUGGCGAUGAAUAUCUGCGUUGGGAAGAAUCGCGGUACUGAUCCCCACGCCGUCCUUCGUGUGAUACCGGGGAUAAGGACCUGCUCAAGCUCCUGGAGUAGCUCCGAUCAGACCUGGGCGAGUCCGAUCGUCUUUGAAGAGACUCCGCUUCUACCCGCUGCGGCGACAUCGAUUCACGCCCAGGCUUGGAUGUUGCAGGAGAGAUCGACCUGCCAGAGGGAGUGGAAUCAUAAGAACGGGAACUCCUCCGGUUCUCCAGUUCAUACUUUUUCUGAAGGAAGUCUGGAGUACUAUCUGAGAGCUCUGGACGUAGUUUGGGAUUCAGUAGCUGCUGGGUGCGAGAUGGACGCGGCACGUAGGGCCUUUCUUGAGGCGCGGCCUUGCACUCGUAUGAAUAGUGGCGUUCGAAGAAGAAAAGAAACCCACGAUCACCUCACGACUAACAAGCAAGGCAACCUGUGUGUGUCGCCAUCCUGGAACGGCUUCGCCAGCGAGAGGACAUGGAAACCAGCGCCGACGCACCCAGAAUCUGGCUACUUUGAUCAUCCGCAAUUGCGCCGCAAUCACCGCUCUGCGUGCGGAAGUGCUAAAAAGGCGUGCAACGGUAACGUUGUGGCUUCUCCAAAGGAAGCCGAAACGAAUGGGGCCCGCCAGAAUAUGCCUUCUCACGGAAAACCUUCAGUUGAGCCCAAGAUGGCAAUUUCUACAAGCCCCUCUAGGCUGCCUAUGAACAAUAGUCUUGGCAGUGCCAUGGGCGAUGGAUACGAAAGACAGUCACCACCCGUGGAGAAAGACGCUGUGGAUGACAAGGUUGUUCAAGGCCUGACAAACUUGAAGCUGGGAGCAAAGCCACCGAGUCUCGUUGUUAAUGGUUCAGGCUCAACAUCAACAGAGCAAUCGAGCGCCGUUGGGAACAGCCAGACGCCGUCGGAUGUGGUCUCUCAGAAGGCAGACUCUAACUCAGAAUUUGGCACCAAACCGCCAAGCUUGGAUGGAAAGAGCAUCACAUCUGGUACGACAUUCAACGUGCUGGAUGAGAAGGAAUCCCUCAGACCCGACGACAGCGCUAGCGUAAAAGCUGCAGCCGACGAAGACGAUGCAUUUUCAAUCCGUGGUUCGCAGAUUGCGAACUCACGCAUGGGAUCCGACGUUGCCGGUCGUCUACGCACCAUUCAAAUAGGCGAUAUGCCCCCAAGGGCCAUCGCGCCGCACUCUGUGUCCGUGGCACAGCCUCGAGGCGCGGUCAUUACUCCUGACGGCGGCGCAUGCGAACAACCAUCUGCAGCCAGUGGAGCCAAUCCGCUGUCAACCACACAGGCUAACCAGGAAUCCUUCAAUGGCUUCUACAGCCAGAAUCCAGACGAGAAGCUCCUGGAGGCAAUGAAGUCUUCAAAAGACCGCAUCUUUCUCUUGCGCUUGGAGAAGGAGGUAAUAGAAUUUGUUCAGGAUUCAAAGGAGCCGUUCAUGGAUCUGCCGCCCAGCAAUUCUUUUUGUCGGUUGUUGACCCACAAGCUCGCGGACUAUUAUCAUAUGACGCAUUCUUUUGAAGCAGUUGCAGGGGCGGUUCGCAUCUAUCGCACACCCUUUUGUCGUGUUCCCCCUUCGUUACAAAGUAUCGCCGCCGCCAAUGAGUCGACGAGCAGCACACCUCCUCCUGCUAUGCUGCCGCGGAAGAUCAUGCGCCGUGGCGAAGAGGGUGAUUCGGCGCCCGCAAGUGCUGGCCCAUCAAAACCAACGUCGGAAGAUGGAAGCGACUCCAAGGAUAAGAAUGCCAAUACAAAUCAGAAGCUUACCCGUGAGGAACGCGAAGAAGCCUACAACAAGGCCAGGCUCAGGAUCUUCGGCACCACGACAGAGACGGAGACAUCUAGCCCUGAUAAUGAGGACAGUACUGGAGUAUCCAGGGCAAGUUCCGUAUCCGCGAGGGACAAGUCUGCGCUGGGUAAAAGGGGCAAGACUGGGAAGCAGAGACGAGACGACUCCGAGAGCUUCGAUUCGCGUUCGCUGUAUACUCCUUACUAUACUCACCCCCAUCAACCUCACAUGUGGGCUCCAGUUCACGUGCCUGUAGGGGGCAAUGGUGCCCCGUACACACCACAGCAGCAGCCUCCUCAGCCGUCUUACGCACCCAUGUAUGUGUCAUCUGGCCAGCCCUACACAACGCCAAUGGCCCCAGGCGGCUACGGCCCCACCUAUGCACAUCCGCCGGCGAACUCGAGCGCUCAGCUGAACGCCGGAAGAUACCCAGCGCAAGCUCAAGCUCAGCCAGGAAAUUCUUAUGCAAACUUAGCACAGGGCGUGUCUCCUCAGCCUUGGCCCCAUCAGCAAUUCAACGGUCAACAGCCUCAGGCUCCCUAUCUGGGUCGACCCUUGCCAUCAGGGCCUACUUCGAUGCCUGCAUCGGUUCCCGCGUCGGCUGCUGUGCCAGGACCUGUCCCAAACCCGAGCAUCCCGUAUCCAUACGGCCAAUUGCCAUGCCACACAAACCCACAUGACCCGAAGAGUCAGCAUCCAAUACCCGGGAGUUACAACAGGCACGGGUUCAACCCCAAGACCCAAUCCUUCAUCCCAGGGACGGGGCCGGCACCGAUGUCUAUGCCACAUGGCCCCGUAGUGCCUGCUCCCAGCGGACCGUUUGCGGGUCCAAACACGGCGCCUCAGGCGGGGAGUCCCAUGAUGAGCGCAAUCCCGCCCAUGCAUUAUGGUCAGCAAUCCGCAGGCGCCCAUCCAACUCAAUAUGUUGGGAUGGCUAAUGGAUUCACCAUGAUGAGGCAAGGUUCAAACAACUCUAUGUCUCAGCACUACCCAGUGAUUCCGCAAAUGCAGCAGCCAACGAUGACCCAACAACUGCCCCAGCAGCCUAUCUAUCCAGUCCAGCAUCAGCCCCCUGGACUUCACCUCCCGCAUCCUCCCCAACAACAACAGGUUCACAACCCUCCACAGCGUAUGCCAAACAAGCCCCCGAUGGGCCAGGGCCACUCCGUCGGGCCUACCGCCACUUUCAGUCAUUUGCCUACGUAUGGUAAUCCCUCCACGCUGCCGCAGAAGCCAUCAACCUAG